AUGCUUGGCCGUUCACGCACGCGCGUCGUCGCAAUCGAUGCGUCGACGAGGCAACGCCGCACGGCAACGCGGUGCUCCUCCUCCUCCACCUACGAGGCGGCGGCGGUCGCAGAACCAACCGCGCGCCUCAUCGCCUCAAUUUCUAGUCAGCUGUGCCCUCCUAGGGCAGCUUCUAAGCCCUUCCUCUUUUCACGCUUCUCACAGUCCUCUGGCCACUCUUCCUCCACCUCACCUGCAACUCCCAUGUCAUGGAUUCCUAAAUGCUGA